UAUCGUUUUGAAACAAAAAAACCAAAAAUUAUUAGACGUCGGCUAAUGUCAGUAUCAUUAAUAUACAAGAGCGUUAAAAUUUUAAACUCCAAGUACCAGGUGGCAGUCAUGCGCAUCGAAAUUUCAGAAUAAUUAUAAAUGGCCGUCAAGAAGUAACUCGAGUACAACCGCAAUAAACAAACGCAUAAAAAAAAUCGUUCUAAAUUAGUUUCAUAUCCUGUAAGUCAUAUUAUUACUUAUUGUUUCUAUAAUUAAAAAUAGUUUUGUGAAAAACAAAUUUACUCCCUUACCAGGUUGGAUGUUGAUAGUAACAGCAGAAUAAAAAAUUAAUUAUUAAUAAAAAGAUGGAAAUACAUAAUCGCAAACUUGUGAAGCGCGUAGGUUAUCACGAGUGGAAAAUAGAAGAUUUCACGCCACUUAUUGAUGUUUCCGACUUGAUUGAAGGCAAGCCAACGUUUCUUGAAUCGCUGAGCUUUUCCGUAGAUGACACAGUAAAAAAUUCAUGGUGUUUACGAUUGGGUUUCACCGGAGAACGACCCGGUAGUAAAGAGUGGGUAUCAAUAUCAUUAGCGACAACCAGUGAUACAGAACCAGUAAGAGCGAUGGGUUCAUUAUUUAUUUUGAACAAUAGAAAAGAAAAGAAAUUUACUCAAUGCUUUAAUAAUAUUGAUAAAAGUUGUAACAUCGCUUGGUACUCAAAAAAGUUUUUAGAAAUAAAAAGAAUGUUGGAUAACAAAGAAGAAUUUUUGCCAAAUAAUCAGCUGACUAUUGGUACCGAAGUUGUUAUUUACGAUUUCACUUUGGCGCCAAUUGGUGUUCAAGUUUCAUCGAAACCUGCAAAGCAUUCAAUUUAUGAUGAUUUAAAUCAACUUCUUGUUAACAAACUGGGUAGUGAUGUUACUUUGGUUGUGGGUAAUAAAGAGUUUAAGGCUCAUAAAUCCAUUUUGAUGGCUCGUUGUCCAGAGUUUUUCAGAAUGUUCACCAUCAAUGAGCUCAACAGGAUCAACGAAAGUAAAAUUGUAAUACCAAAAAUGGAUCCAAAAAUAUUUGAAAUGAUAUUGGAGUUUAUCUACACAGAUAAAGUCAGUGACGUGGAAAAUAAUGUUGUUAUGUUACUGGAAGUUGCGAAUAAAUAUCAACUACAGCCACUCAAAGAGCUGUGCCAAGAGUUACUUUUGAAAUCUCUUGAUAUAGAUAACGCUAUUCAAAUUAUGGAUUUGGCUUAUCGUAGUAAUGCUCAACAAUUAUUAGAACUUGCUACUGAGUUGAUAAUAAACAAUAUUACACGUGUUAUGAAAACUCAAAUUUAUAGUGAAGUCUCCAAUUCAAAUCCAUUUAUUUCGUCGAUUCUUGUUGAAAGACUCGCGUCUAUGAUUCCAGCUGCUGGUUCAUUAUAAACUAGAUGUUUUCAAUUCAGAGAUUCGAAUUUAAAAAUUUGAAGAAAUUCAAUACAAAGACUGCUCAAGGAUUAAAAUAAUAAAGCUUUAAUUAUAUUUACUUACCUAGAUUACAUAAAUAUAUCAUCGUUUUGAUAAGAAUUACUAUUAUGACAUAUUCUAUGAAUGACUAUAUACAAAUAGUAAAUUUGUUAUUUGUUUCGAUGUAAA